UCUGAUUUGUGUUGUUUUAUAGAAUAGAAUUGCAAUUCUAUUAAUUAAUCGUUGCUGAAGGGUAUCGUUUUCAACACUCGUUUUAUUUAAAUCGCUUAGGAUUUACAAAUUAUUAAUACGGCGUUUGUAACCCUUUUAUAAAGGUUAAGAUAUUUUGGUUUGCUGUUACCAGACUCUACCCUAGUUUAAUCAUCAAGACGUCCUCAGAAAUAGAUUAACCGUCGUUUCGAUCAUAGGUAUAAGAAAUAAAAGAUUUCAUUAUGGAAAACAAAAUACGAUGUUAUCACGAUAUUGUAUCUCAGGCGUUUAAUAAUGAAAAAGUAACAACAGAUACAUCUCUUGAUCAGAUUGAAGUCGAAAAUAUGGUCUUAAAAAUUUACAAACAAUUUGAAAGAAAAGCAGCUAAUGAUCCUGAUCUCCCCAUACUUAACAAACAUGUACAUAGCAAAUUAUUGAAAACCUGGCUCAUGAGCUUACCAAAGACUUAUGAAUGUCUGGAUGCGAGCCGGCCGUGGCUUGUGUACUGGAUCCUGCAUGCACUGUGGCUAUUGGACGACAUGCCGGACGCAGAGACUCUGUCCCACACCGUGCAGUUCCUCUCUCAUUGUCAACACGCAAAUGGUGGCUACGGAGGAGGCCCUCUGCAGUAUCCUCACCUAGGAACAACCUAUGCAGCAAUCAAUGCUCUUUGUAUUAUUGGCACAGAUGAAGCUUAUGAUUCAAUAGAUAGAAGUUCAUUACAGAAAUUCCUAUGGACUGUCCGUGAUGUUGAUGGAUCAUUUGCUCUCCAUAGAGGGGGAGAGCAAGAUAUACGCGGAGCUUACUGUGCUCUCAGUGUAGCCAAACUCACUAACACAUACACGGAUCUCCUGUUUGACAAAACUGCCGAGUGGGUGGUCCGAUGCCAGACAUAUGAAGGAGGGUUUGCAGGGAGCCCUGGCAUGGAAGCCCAUGGGGGCUAUGCCUUCUGUGGUAUUGCAGCCCUAGCUCUCAUGAACAAAACUCAACUCUGUGACACUGAUUCAUUGCUGAGAUGGUGUGUAAAUCGCCAGAUGAGACUUGAAGGUGGCUUCCAAGGUAGAACCAAUAAACUUGUAGAUGGAUGCUACUCCUUUUGGCAAGGGGCUGCAUUCCCCAUCAUAAGUGCCAUCUUAUCUAAAGAUAAUAAGGAGUUAAUAGAGACAGUAUUGUUUAAUCAAGGAGCCUUACAAGAAUACAUAGUGACAUGCUGCCAAGCUCCAGAAGGUGGGCUUAUUGACAAGCCUGGAAAGCCUCGUGACAUAUAUCACACAUGUUAUACUCUGAGUGGAUUGUCAGUGGCUCAGCAUGGCAGCGGUGUGGGAGACCCAUUUAUUGUUGGAGCUCCUCAAAAUGAACUGAAUAGGGUUCACCCUCUACACAAUAUAGCACCACAUAUGGCAUACAAUGCAUUACACUACUUCAUAAGACAUCCACCCCCAGUCAUAGACAAAGAAGUUAAUGGAUCCAACUGAAGUGUGAAAUAUGUAAUUAUGACUUUUUGCUGUAAAUAAGUGUUACCCUACCCUGGAAUGUGUGGGUUUGUUAAUAACUCUUACCAUAGACAAUUUAUGUAGCCUUGUACUUAUGACUCUCAUGUGGAGUAAGCAGAAGUGCUUUACAGCACCACAUACUUUACGAUAAUGAUACAUAAUAUAUAUGUUACUCCUGGGAACUUCUGCAAUGCAAGCAUCUGGCCCAGAUGGUGAUCUAACUUGGGACAGACAGUGUACUACCCACUGCAUCAUGCUGUGGUUUUUAAUAAUUAUCUCCUAAAAUAUAAA